AGACUUAAGAUAUUAGUAGUGCUCAGUGCUUGUGUAGCUAUUUUGUCCGUAAUUAAACAAAUUUAUUUUUUAAUAUGGAAGUGGUAUAAUUGAUUUACAUAAUGAUUUAGAAACAGAGGAUAUUAAUAGCGAUGAUGAAAGAGACGUGCGUGUUUCGAAAAGAUAUAUUAGAGACUGGUUCGAUCCGUUUCACUUUUAUAGAAUUUAGAACAAAGAAUUUAAAAGGCGUUUUAGAUUUAAUAAAGAAUCUGUAAUACACGGAAUUUUGCCAGAAAUUGAAGAAGGACUUGCACGCAAUAAUAAUCGUGGUCUUCCAAUACGUCCGGUAUAUCAAUUGUUAAUUUGUUUACGGUUCUACGCUACAGGCAGUUUUCAGACAGUACUUGGAGAUACAAUUAUUGUCUCGCAAUCAACUAUAUCAAGAGUUGUAUUUCGAGUAUCCAUAUUGUUAGCAAGGAUAUUCAAUAGGUUUAUAAAAAUGCCUUCUACACCAGAUGCUAUAAGAGAAAAUCACAAUCUUUUUAAAGAUAUAGGACGUCGUGCUGGAGGUAUUGGUUUACCAAGGAUUGAUGGAGCUAUUGAUUGUACACAUGUACGAUUAGUUGGUACCAAAUUGCAGAUCAUAGAAGAAAUUUAUAGAAAUCGAAAGGGAUAUCUAUCAUUAAAUGUACAGGCUGUUGUUGGGCCUAGAACAGAAUUUUUGGACAUUGUUCCAGAAUGGCCGGGUAGCCAACAUGAUAGUAGAAUUUUUCAAAAUUCUGCUAUAUACAUGAAAUACUUUCAACGUCAGUUGCCAGGUAUUCUAGUAGGAGAUGCAGGAUAUCCCUGUUUACUAUUUCUUUUAACUCCUAUUCAGAAUCCGCAAACAGAUAAGGAAAUUGCUUACAAUGUACUUCACGGAAGAACACGUCAGAUUGUUGAAAGAACAUUUGGGAUAUGGAAACGUAGAUUUCCGUGCUUAUCUAGAGGAUUAAGCAACAAGUUAAUUGGUUCAACAACAAUAGUUGUUGCGUGUGCUGUGCUGCAUAACAUGUCUUUAAUUUUUAAUGAUAUGUUACCAGAAGAAGAAGUUGAAGAAAAUAAUGAAAUAGAAAUACCAAUUGAACCACACUGGUAGCCGGGAGAGGGUUUUGUAAUGCGAGAAGCACUUAUUGAGAGACUGUAUAGAUAGUUUAUUAUACAACUUAUUACACAACUUAUACAAUAAACAAAAAGUAACAAAGUAAA